AUGGACCUUGGCGAAGGGUCAUCAACGAUUUCUGUCCGUGGCAUAAGGGAGGAGACUAUCCAGGCCGGUAACACCGUUCUCCUCAGGCUACCUAGCAGCGAAAUAAAGACACUAAAGCUGGAAAAAGACUCUACUGUAACCCUAGGAAAAUUUGGCUCGUUUCAUUCUAACGAACUGAUUGGCCAGCCGUUCGGGUUGACCUACGACAUUGUGGACAAGAAGCUGAAGGUUAUCCCCCCUCGCACGAUGCAGGAAGUAGAGGAUACCGAUGCCACAAACGAGCUCAUAAACGACGGACAGUUUGUACAGCCUCUCACAUUGGAGGAGAUAGAGGCCUUGAAAAAGUCUGGUGUGCAUGCAUCAGAAAUCAUCAAAAAGCAGAUCGAGCAGCACGCAAAUUACUCUCUCAAGACCGAAUACAGCAAAGAGAAGUACAAGAAGCGCAAGGAAGCAAAAUACUCUAAGUCUUUCACGGUCAUUGAUCCGACUUUGUUCAACGUCUGUGAAUAUUGGUUCAAUAAGGACCAAAACCGUUUACGCGACAUCCGUCCGGAUGCCCUAUCUCAAAUUUUGAAUCUCGCAAACAUUAGGCCAGGUGGUCGCUACCUCGCCGUAGAUGAUGCCUCCGGCGUCGUUGUUGCCGGAAUUUUGGAGCGUCUGGGUGGGAAUGGACGGUUGAUCACAAUAUGCGAUAUUGACUCACCCCCCGCAUAUCCGGUCACGGUGCAGAUGAACUUCAAAAAGGACACUGUUGCAUCUGUCCUAUCGUCGCUGAAUUGGGCGACCGCUGACGAAGAGUAUGCUCCUAUAGUGGCGCCUGCCGAACCAGCUUCGGGAAAAUUCAAAUCGGAUGGCCAGAAGUCACGAUUGAACAAGCGCAAGCUAGUCUCCGCAUCGCUGAUGCAGACUAGAGAAGAGCUUUUCACAGGCGAGUUUGACGGUCUAGUAGUGGCGAGCGAGUACGAUCCCUACUCAAUAUUGGAGAAGCUGUCUCCGUAUCUCGCGGGAUCUGCUUCAAUUGUGGUUCAUAGUCCCCACAUACAAAUCCUUUCCGAUUUGCAGUCGAGGUUGCGGGAACAUCCAGAAUAUCUGGGUGCUGCCGUGUCGGAACUUUGGCUACGACAAUACCAGGUUCUCCCCGGUCGUACACAUCCGAUGAUGAACACGUCCGGCUCGGGGGGGUUCAUCUUACAUGCUAUCAAAGUCUACGAUAAUCCCUCCGCCUCUUCAGUCUUGGCUCAUCGUCGUAAGGCGAAGAAGGCUAAGUUGGAGGAGGAACACACCGGUUCCCGUUCAACACCACUGCCCACAAGGCCAGAAGUUGCCAGUCUGUCGCAGACUCCAGAAGACUCCAGUGCGCCUCUACCUACCGGAGGCAGUACAGAAAGCGGAACAGCAGCAGUUGAAGACGAAAUGAAGGCGCAAGCGUCGUGA